AUGGCAUCUUCCAAAUGGUUAUUCUCUUAUAAGAACUUGUUCAAGAUAAUAACCUUUCCGUGCUUAGCUCCUUCCACAACGCCCAAAUCAUUACCGGCUAUUGACGGUGACACUGCGCCUCCCCUGAUUGGGCCGUCGAACGAGCACGGCCCAAAAGACGACGAGAGGCUCAAAGAUGUUUUUGAUCACUUGGACGUUGACAAAGAUGGUAAAAUUUCAAGCAAGGAACUAACGGAUUAUUUUGCGUCGGUGGGUGAGUCGGUGAGCCAUAAAGUGGCGAUGAGGGUGAUAAAUGAGUUCGACUCUGACGGUGAUGAGUUACUUGAUUUCGCGGACUUUGUCAGACUUAUGAAAGAAGAGGAAAGCGAUGAGUUGGAGGAUAUUCUAAGAAGCGCAUUUGAAAUGUUUGAGGUUGAGAAGGGGUGUGGUUGCAUAACGCCCAAGGGGUUGCAGCAGAUGUUGCGCCAACUGGGUGACGUUAAAUCUCAGGAUGAGUGUGCGGCCAUGAUUCGAGCCUUCGAUCUUGAUGGCAAUGGCUUCCUUGAUUUUCAUGAAUUUCAGCAGAUGAUGUCCCCAGCUACUUAG